AUGCUGUUUAUGCAUUGGGAGACGUCUCGCGCUAGAACUACUGGACCUAUGGGGCUAAACUUAUCCAGAAUUUGCAUCCCGUGCGUCAAAAGCCACCUGGGCAGAGCCUCUGCAUUCUCAGCCUCGUCGCGUUGCCUAAACUUUUACGUCACUGUCUGCAGGAUGUCAACAACUGAAUUGCUUGUAUCUUCAUUUGAGUGAAUGGCUUGAGAGGGAUUAGAUUGAAUACCUAGGUAUGCCGCAGCCGUUCUCUUCCUGUGAGAUGUCUGCUUCUCGACUGUGUGAAUUAUGUAGCACCAUCGACUUCACCCGGUACGCCUGGCGAAACGAGCUCAGGAAUGUCGAGUCAUACUCUACGAUAGUAGAUUCAGUAAUGGAUGGCAAGGAAAGCAAGUACGUUGUGGAAUCGGAUACGUUGAAACAAGAGCUAGGCACUCUUCACGACAUCUCCAAAAGAGCGGCACAAUGCGACUUGUGCAGGAUCGUUACGAGGAAGCUACGGGAGGAAGGCUAUUUGAGACCAAGACGACACAACAAUGGCUCUUCUCACUCGGAAAGGUGCUUCAUCCAGUGUGCGUCUUUUUGUUCUUCGCAAGCUGGACCGAAAGGCAGUCCCCAUGAUACACGCAAUUUCCACUACGGUGGCAUCCGAAGUCGGAAGGCAAGAAUUCCGGCAUCGAAAUACACGACAAUGAAGUUUGUAGUCUUUAUCAAAUUCAGACGCGACUUCUUCGAAGAAAUACUGGCCUUCCAGUCAUGCUCGCCAUGGAUACCUACCGUUAUGGACACCAUCACAGGGAUCAUGCCAACCGACCCUUCCGUGGCGAGCUUCAGCGGACGAAUUCUUGAUCCGGUCAAAGCAGACCUGAGACUAUUCAAGUUCUGGCUCGAUCAUUGCGAAUCACGCCAUGGUGACUCGUGCUGCUCUCUCCCAUUGAUGGAACACUUGGGGCGUCCAACGGGCCUCCUGCUGAUCGACGUCAAAGAUAGUUGCAUCGUAAACGCACCGGAUGCCUGUCCAUACGUUGCACUGAGCUAUGUGUGGGGCAAAUGCAAUAGUUACAAGCUCACAAAAGCCGAUCUUCCAUCGACACGGCAAAAACGCGGUCUAUUGAGGAAAGCCCUGCCCGCAACAGUUCGCGACGCCAUUACCGUAACACUGGGAGUUGGGCUCCGAUAUCUCUGGGUGGAUGCUAUCUGCAUCGUUCAGGACGACAGAGCUCAUCUGCAGUCCCAAAUCAAGCAAAUGGCCUCCGUUUACGCCAACGCGGCAUGCACGAUCAUUGCCGCAGCGGGCGACGACGCAGAUUAUGGUCUACCUGGAGUUCGUGCGGGUACGCGCUUGUUGCGUCAAGAUGUUUUAAAGGUGUCUGGAACGACCCUCAUGUCUGCCAUCGGCUCGGGUUGCAGAGAAGAAGCGGUUCUCAGAAAGCAGAGUACAUACGCACCUGCUGAAGAUAAUAUCCCAUACUCACCUUGGUACACACGGGCGUGGACAAUGCAAGAGCAAUUUUUUUCCUCAAGGAAAUUGAUCUUCGCAAGAAAUCAAGUCUAUUGGAGCUGCCCUCGGGCAAAGUGGUUAGAGGAGACUGAGUUAGAGUACGGAAAUGUGGACGAGUAUCGCGGCUAUGCCUUCGGAAAAACACCAUAUCUGGACCCUGAAUACGACUUUAAUGUCCAGAUAAACGGCCGAGAUAUCGACAACGGAAUCAACCCUCGCUCAACCGUGGAGGAACUUGCCACGAAGUUCAUGUGUCGAAACAUCACAUACGAAUCCGAUCGGCUCAAUGCGUUUCUGGGUAUCUUGACUACAUUCUCUUCACUCGGCGAACGUUAUAUCUGGGGAUUACCUGAGUCGACAUUUACCGCUUCGCUUUGUUGGGAAUUGAAACACCAGCCUCGAAAUAGAGCAUCACACGAGACCGUUUCCCGGGACGGGGUUAAAGUUUCAGUUCCACUUCCAAGUUGGAGCUGGGUGUCAUGGAGGCGAGUAAACCGUCAGUCCCUACUGGCGUUUCAUACACAGCCCGGGUCAUAUGAAGCAGAGAUUACCUUCUACCAGGUUGAUUCGAAUGGCCAACACAGGAUGAUCAACGAGCGAGCGUGCGACCGCGGUCUCGACAAUAUUACGCAAAGCAUAGGGGUCGACCGCAUUUCGCACUCAUGGAAAGAGUCAGAGAUAUCCAUGGACGUCGCAGGUCAGGAUGCAUUUGACGAGACUUUGGACACCGGUCUAUUACGCUUCUGGACAAGCACAGCGACACUUUAUGUACAACGCUGGUUCAUGCCUUCUCUCUCCUAUGCCCUCAUGGAGUCUAAAGACUAUACCGAUGGAUUCGACGACGUGACAACGGAAUUCUACAUGGGAUGCACAAACCAUUUGAAGCGGCACGACCCGGCAGUACCCCAGAGAAUUCCACAUAUUAUCGACGCAAUAGACGCCGAUGGCCAUGAUUGGGGCUUUGACGAGACGGAUGUUGUAAUCCUGGAUUUUGUAAUAAUCGGGAGAGACAUUGAUGAUUCGGACUGGGGAGAAGAAGAAGACCGUCUGCGUGCAUUGGUGGUUGAGUGGAGGAACGAUAUAGCAUAUCGCGUUGGCUGGGCAGUGAUUUCAGAAGGAAAUUGGGUUAGCCUUACGAAUCGCAGGUGGCAGUGCGUAACUUUAGGAUAGUAGCUUCUCUAGGAAUACCC